AUGGAGCUGGAGGUGCCGGACGAGGCGGAGAGCGCCGAGGCGGGGCCCGUGCCCCCGGAGGCGGCCGGGGCGGCUGCAGGUUCGGGUCAGAGGAAGACGCCCCUCGCGGAGGUUCCGUCCACGACCGGGCAGCCGGGCCAUGGGAAGAAGCUGGGCCACCGCGGCGUGGACGCGUCUGGGGAGACCACAUACAAGAAGACCACCUCGUCCACCCUGAAGGGCGCCAUCCAGCUGGGCAUCGGCUACACCGUGGGCAACCUGAGCUCCAAGCCCGAGCGCGACGUGCUCAUGCAGGACUUCUACGUGGUGGAGAGCAUCUUCUUCCCCAGCGAAGGCAGCAACCUCACCCCCGCCCACCACUUCCAGGACUUCCGGUUCAAGACCUACGCGCCCGUGGCCUUCCGCUACUUCCGCGAGCUCUUCGGGAUCCGGCCGGACGACUACCUGUACUCCCUCUGCAACGAGCCGCUCAUCGAGCUGUCGAACCCGGGCGCCAGCGGCUCCCUGUUCUACGUGACCAGCGACGACGAGUUCAUCAUCAAGACGGUGAUGCACAAGGAGGCCGAGUUCCUGCAGAAGCUGCUGCCCGGCUACUACAUGAACCUGAACCAGAACCCGCGCACGCUGCUGCCCAAGUUCUACGGGCUGUACUGCGUGCAGUCGGGUGGCAAGAACAUCCGCGUGGUGGUCAUGAACAAUGUGCUGCCGCGCGUGGUCAAGAUGCACCUCAAGUUCGACCUCAAGGGCUCCACGUACAAGCGGCGCGCCAGCCGCAAGGAGAAGGAGAAGGUCGCCCCCACCUACAAGGACCUGGACUUCAUGCAGGACAUGCCCGAGGGGCUGCUGCUGGACGCCGACACCUUCAGCGCCCUGCUCAAGACGCUGCAGCGCGACUGCCUGGUGCUGGAGAGCUUCAAGAUCAUGGACUACAGCCUGCUGCUGGGCGUGCACAACAUUGACCAGCAAGAGCGGGAGCGCCAGGCCGAGGGCGCCCAGAGCACCCUGGACGAGAAGCGGCCGCUGGGCCAGAAGGCGCUCUACUCCACGGCCAUGGAGUCCAUCCAGGGCGGCGCCGCGCGGGGCGAGGCCAUCGACACCGACGACACGAUGGGCGGGAUCCCGGCCGUGAACGGGCGCGGCGAGCGCCUGCUGCUGCACAUCGGCAUCAUUGACAUCCUGCAGUCCUACAGGUUCAUCAAGAAGCUGGAACACACCUGGAAGGCGCUCGUCCACGACGGGGACACGGUCUCCGUGCACCGCCCCAGCUUUUACGCUGAGCGCUUCUUCAAGUUCAUGAGCAACACGGUUUUCCGGAAGAACUCCUCCCUCAAGUCCUCGCCGUCCAAGAAGGGGCGCGGCGCGUUGCUGGCGGCGAAGCCCCUGGGGCCCACGGCCGCCUUCUCGGCCAGCCAGAUCCCCAGCGAGCGGGAGGAGGCGCAGUACGACCUGCGGGGGGCCCGCAGCUACCCCACGCUGGAGGACGAAGGCCGGCCCGACCUCCUGCCCUGCACGCCGCCCUCCUUGGAAGAAGCCACGACCGCCUCCAUCGCCACGACCCUGUCGUCCACCUCCUUGUCCAUCCCCGAGCGGUCCCCGUCGGAGACGUCAGAGCAGCCGCGGUACAGGCGGCGCACGCAGUCCUCAGGGCACGACGGCCGGCCCCAGGAGGACCCUCAGCAGGUCACCGUGCAGGUGGAACCCGCGUGCAGCGUGGAGAUCAUUGUCCCCAAGGAGGCGACCGAGGGGGUGGAGGCCACCCCGGGCGCCGCCUCGGCCGCCAUGGAGGCAGAGACAGCCAGCCACGCCUCGGACGAGGAGGACGCGCCGGCCGCGGACAUCUACUUUUUCACGGAUGGGAGGUACUGGAUUUACUCCCCCCGCCAUCGCCGACUGCGGGCCGUCACUCUGAGCGCCUCGGGCACUCCCACCGAUGACAGGAGCUGGGUGUACUCCCCGCUCCACUAUAGCACACAGGCCCAGGCGGCCUCCGACGGCGAGAGCGACACAUAACUUCUAUGCACUCCCGGACCCGGAGCCCAGCGCCCGCCGCCCCGAGGCGCUGCCCGGCCCCCUGGACGGACGAAGACGGCCGAGCCCCCCAGCGCCCGCCGCCGAGCACCGACCCCUGCACCCGCCGCUCUGGGUCCGCGGAGACCUCGCGGCGCACUCGGAGGCUCCCCAGGAAACAGGACGGAGACGCGGGGAGCGGCAAGGAGGCGGGGUCUCCUCCGCGGCCGCCCCCGCCCCGCAGCCCGCCCGCCCUCCGCUCAGGUUUGGGGGCCGCAGCGCAAGACCCCCCAGCCCCCUCCGGGGCUCUGCGUGCCCGGCCGCCAGCGGGGACGUCCCGGGCAGGCGGACGCCGCGAGGCCGGAGCGCGGCAGCGAGUGGACAGAGGGGGCAGCGCCUGGCGCCCCAGGCACGGCCACGGGACAGGCUCCCUGGGGGCUUCGCUCGUGGACGGCGGUGCCACCCUGCGCACUGGGGGCUCAGUUCCGGGGGAGAGCCCCCCCAGCAGGUGCACCCCUGCCCCUGACAGGUGGCGCCCGGGGGUCCCCGCCCACCGGCUCUGGGGGAACCCCCCUCGGUGAGGGGCUGGGGCCGCUCCAAGGAACUGACCCGCGGAGACCUCCCACACUGCUGCCCCCGCCCCAUGAGCUCCACCUGCCUGGGCCAGGUCCCCGGGGGUGGGGGGCAGGGGGACCGCAGGGACCAUGAGGCCCGUCCAGGGACGCCCCCAGCAGGAGACGCCAGACCCCCUGGGGACCUUGUCAAGACUACAGAGCGAGGCCGGUGGGCGUGGCCUGCCGCCGGGGCGUGGUCCGCCGUAUAGGGGCGGGGCCCGCCUGCCCGUGAUGCUGAGCUGGCUUCCGGCGGGCAGCCCCAGGACCCCCCACCCCCAGAUCUGCAAACUCCUUGGUGACCGCCCCGCUCGCCCCUCCCCCGUGGCUGCUAGCACGAGCGGUGGGCGGCGCCCGCACUCCCGUACUGUAGAACCUGGGCGAGCCGGGACCCCCGCGCCCCGCCCCCGCCCCUGGCUCAGUGCAAUACCCCGUCCCCGGGGCCCUGCCACGGUACUGUCGCCGCAGCCCCGCCCCGCCCCUCUGGUGGUUCAAGUGCAUCGCCCGCGCCCACCCUGUCCGAAACCGCAGACCUCGUGCGUCUUGCGCGUCCCCAGCCCCCGCGGUCUGGGGCGCGACCAUCCGGAGCGCGGCUUCCGUGGCCGCCCCCUCCCCAGCCCCUCUUUUUACGUUGAGAUGUAAUAAAUUGGGUAUCACCGUCA